AGGGUAACCGAACUUAGAAGAAAUAAUUAAAAAAGGAAAAACUGGCGUGCUCUCUCGAUCACUCGAAACAACGGCAAGCAUCACGCAAAAUACUGCCCUUCAUCACCGAUCGAACUACUUGUUUAUAAAUACAAGAAAUUUGUGGUUGGGGUUUUUGUCUCUUAAAUCUUUUUCUCUCCGACUCAAAAACACAAACACCAACAAACAAAGAUGGGAAGUGCUGAAGUCUCAUUCAAAUUGGCGGAUCAUCCAAAGCUUCCUAAAGGGAAGGUAGUAGCUCAGAUUGUGUUGGAUGGAUGGGGAGAAGCUAAUCCCGACCAGUUUAACUGUAUCCAUGUUGCUCAAACACCAACCAUGGAUUCUCUAAAACAAGGUGCACCUGAGAAGUGGAGAUUGGUAAGAGCUCAUGGUAAGGCAGUUGGUCUCCCAACUGAAGAUGACAUGGGUAACAGUGAAGUUGGACAUAAUGCCCUUGGUGCUGGAAGAAUUUUUGCUCAAGGUGCCAAGCUUGUUGACAUUGCACUUGCCUCGGGAAAGAUCUUCGAUGGAGAAGGCUUUCAGUACAUCAAGGAAUCCUUUAAGGAUGGCACCCUCCACCUAAUUGGGUUAUUGAGUGAUGGAGGUGUCCACUCUCGAAUUGAUCAAGUGCAGUUGCUAUUAAAAGGAGCCAGCGAGAGGGGUGCCAAAAGAAUCCGCCUUCAUAUUCUCACCGAUGGUCGUGAUGUUUUGGAUGGUUCAAGUGUAGGGUUUGUUGAAACUAUUGAGAAUGACCUUGCACAACUGCGAGCAAAUGGCGUUGAUGCACAAAUUGCAUCUGGUGGGGGUCGCAUGAAUGUCACAAUGGACCGUUAUGAGAACGACUGGGGUGUUGUGAAAAGAGGAUGGGAUGCUCAAGUUCUUGGUGAAGCACCAUACAAAUUUAAGAGUGCUUUAGAAGCAGUUAAGACACUGAGGGCAGAACCAAAGGCCAAUGACCAAUACUUGCCUCCAUUUGUUAUAGUUGAUGAUAGUGGCAAGGCUGUUGGCCCAGUUUUGGACGGUGAUGCUGUUGUGACUUUCAACUUCCGUGCAGAUCGUAUGACUAUGCUUGCUAAGGCCCUUGAAUACGAUGACUUCAAGGAUUUUGACCGCGUUAGAUUCCCGAAGAUCCAUUAUGCUGGUAUGCUCCAGUAUGAUGGUGAGUUGAAGCUUCCAAACAAAUACCUAGUUUCACCACCAGAGAUUGAUAGAACAUCUGGUGAAUACUUGGUGCACAAUGGUGUCCGUACUUUUGCCUGCAGUGAGACUGUUAAGUUUGGACAUGUUACCUUCUUCUGGAACGGGAACAGAUCUGGAUACUUUAAAGAAGAUAUGGAGGAAUACGUUGAAAUUCCAAGUGAUAGUGGAAUUACAUUCAAUGCCCAGCCGCUAAUGAAGGCCUUGGAAAUUGGUGAGAAGGCAAGGGAUGCUAUUCUUAGUGGCAAAUUCGACCAGGUACGUGUCAACAUUCCAAACAGUGACAUGGUUGGACACACUGGUGACAUUGAGGCAACUGUUGUCGCUUGCAAGGCUGCUGAUCAAGCUGUUAAGGUAAUAUUUCUUGAUUAAUUGUUUUUCAUCAUCCCCUGUAAGAAUUGCCCCACUCGCUAGUUAUGUGUCUGUGUUUCUGCUGGACUUUCGAGAAAGUGUGAAAUAUUCCAUGAGUUCUUGGGGAAAAUUUCCGUUUUUUUUGUUUAUAGUUAAGUCCAAGCGUUCUUGGUGCAACAGUAUCUGUGUCUUUCUUUCUUUUGUUGUUGUAUAUAAUUUAUAUGAGAUUGCUGCUCU